AUGACAUCCAUUGGUACUGGUUACGACUUAUCAAACUCGGUCUUCUCUCCUGAUGGCAGAAACUUCCAGGUGGAAUACGCAAUGAAGGCGGUUGAAAAUGGCGGCACGUCCAUUGGCAUCAAAGCCAAGGAUGGCAUUGUGUUGGCGGUAGAGAAGAUCGUCAACUCAAAGUUACUUGUGCCCGGCAAAAAUAAAAGAAUUCAAACCAUAGAUAGACACAUUGGAGUGGCGUACUCUGGGUUGUUGCCAGAUGGGCGUCAUUUUGUGAACCGUGGGCGUGAUGAGGCCGAGUCUUUCAAAUCGAUAUACAAAACUUCCGUGAGUGUUCCUCAUUUGAUAGACAGACUCGGUAUCUACGUACAGAAUUAUACUUGUUACAACUCUGUGCGUCCAUUCGGUGUGGUAUCGAUACUUGGAGGCGUUGACGAAAAUGGACCUCACUUGUACAUGAUUGAGCCCAGCGGGACGUACUGGGGCUACACAGGUGCUGCUACGGGCAAAGGGAGACAGACAGCCAAGUCCGAGUUGGAAAAAUUAGACUUCGAGAACUUAACGGUCAGAGAGGCAGUCAAACACGCAGCUAGGAUCAUAUAUCAGGCACACGAAGACAACAAGGAUAAAGAUUUUGAGUUGGAGAUGUCAUGGUGCUCGAAAGAAGAGACGAAGGGAUUGCACCAAUUUGUCCCUGACGACUUGUUUGAGGAGGCUGUGAAGUUUGCUAAGGAGGACGAGGAGGAGGACGACGAUGAUGAUGUCGAGAUGGCCAGUUGA